CUGCAGUGUCAACUUCAAGCCGUAUCUUUGGCCGAUUAAUCAAAAAAGUUAACCUCAACCUCACUGUUAGCAGCACUAUCAGUAUCAGCCAACACCACGAACGUUGUUUCCACCGCGACUUUGUGCCGAUAGUUAAUCAGCAAGCUUUUAGCUCUAGGUUUUAUAAUAUUAACAGUUUCACUGGACCAAACAAGAAACUUUUCUUUUUCUCGCGCAAUUUCUUCAGCAUGGCUAAUGUUCCAACCAUCAAAUUUAACAAUGGUUUGACUUGUCCACAGUUUGGUUUGGGCACUUGGAAGUCAAAACCUGGUGAGGUGAGUGAGGCCGUUUUCCACGCCAUCCAAACUGGCUAUCGGCACAUUGACUGUGCUCUUGUAUACCAAAAUGAGCGUGAGGUAGGACAAGGAAUAGAGAAGGCUUUGCAAAAUGGAAUUUGUAAGAGAGAAGAUCUCUUCAUCACCACUAAGCUAUGGAAUACGUUCCACAAAGAUGAGUUGGUUGUGCCUUCACUUAAACAAUCCUUGGAGAAUCUCAAGCUGACCUAUGUGGACCUUUACCUCAUUCAUUGGCCACAAGCUUACAAGGAAGGCGAUGAGCUGUUCCCAGUAGAUGCUGACAACAAGACAGUGUACAGCAGCACCCCCUACCUGGAGACUUGGAAGGCUAUGGAGAGAUGUGUGCAGCAAGGUCUGGCCAAGUCUAUUGGAGUGUCCAACUUCAACAGCAAGCAGGUCGCCAAGGUGCUGGAGAAUGCUACCAUCAAGCCAGUCACCAACCAGGUGGAGUGUCACCCCUACCUGAACCAGAAGAAGUUGAAGGCCUACCUGGACUCUGUAGGAGUGACACUGACAGCCUACAGUCCCCUGGGUUCUCCUGAUCGUCCAUGGGCCAAGCCUGAUGAACAGCCUCUCUUGGCCAAUGAGAAGAUCACCAAGAUAGCCGAAAAGUACAACAAAUCCCCAGCUCAAAUCGCCCUUCGCUGGCAGAUUGAAAAGGGCAACAUUGUUAUCCCAAAAUCAGUUACCAAGUCAAGGAUUGAAAGCAACAUCCAAGUAUUUGACUUCUCUUUGAAACCUGAAGACAUUGAGACAAUCAACAGCUUGGAUUGUAAUGAACGAAUGGUCGGACUUGCUUGGAUUAAAGAUCAUCCCGACUACCCUUUCAAUGAAGAGUUUUAAGUAAAGUAAGUUGAAAAAAUAUGUGUUAAACUUUGAUAAGAAGAACAAGUGGUUCUGAAAUGUGUUGAUAUUUUUGGUGCUAGGAUUCGUUACAAACAUUGGCAAGAAAGCCAAAGACCAAUUAAGAAUAGAUAUUUGUUGUGAUAAAAAAAAUAUUCUUGUACUAUUUGCUUUUGCUUGUGGUAGCUUUCCUUUUAUUACUUUAUCAGCUUUAAAAUGAUAGGCCUCAUUAAUAAAAGUGCAAGUAAUCUUGAUAA